UCCAGUAUCCCCACCAUUUUGUUGUCGGUCAGGCCAAGGUAUCAAAGUCCCUGGUGAAGAAAUCGCUUCGGACAGUCUGCUUCUUCCUCGCAAAAAGAGCCAGUCUGCGAAAAUGAAGGUGUUACUUUUCGCCGCCAUCGCGGUAUUCUGCGUUCAGGCCGUUCUGAGCGUCGAUCUUCACGAGCACAACAAGGUUGUGUGCUACUGGAACAGCACAGCCUUUGAACGACAAGGGCCAGGCAAGUUCCAGCUGGAUGAUGUUCGCCCAGCGCUAUCCCUCUGCACCCACCUGAUCUACGGAUUCGCUGGCAUUAAAUCCGAGACGUACGAGGUUGUUCCGCUGAAUCCGAACCUGGACACCGGAGCUGGGUACUCGUACUACAAGCUCGCUACUCAGUUGAAGAAAUCGUUUCCAGAGCUGAAGGUGUACCUCAGUAUUGGUGGAAAUGCUGAUCCUGAUGAUGAGGUCCACAAGUAUCUCGUUCUUACGGAGACAUCAGAAGGCAGGUCUAAAUUCAUCAACUCCGUGAACCGCCUCUUCAACGACUACGACUUCGACGGAAUCGACCUGGCAUGGCAAUUCCCGCCAGUCAAAGUAAAGAAGGAGAGAGGGACCUUUGGAUCCAUAUGGCACAAAGUCAAGAAGACCUUCGGCUACGGUAAAUUCAAGGACGACAAGGAACAAGAGCACCGUGACGGUUUCACCAUCAUGGUCCGCGACCUGAAGGCGCAGCUCCGGCCAAGAAUGAAGGCCCUGACCGUCACCGUCCUUCCCCACGUCAACAACAGCGUUUACUUCGAUGCUAGAUUGUUGGCGCCUAAUAUCGAUGCUGUACAUCUGUUCACUUUCGAUCAGAAGACACCGGAACGCAAUCCACAGGAGGCUGAUUACCCUGCACCUAUUUAUGACAGCUACGGUCGCGUGCCGCAAGACAAUGUUGAUGUUCCUACCAGGUACUGGCUGGAGAACGGCACCCCCGGCUCCAAGAUCGUCGUGGGAAUCCCAACGUACGCCCGGACCUGGAAACUGACGGCGGACAGUCAGAUAUCAGGAGUGCCACCCCUGGUGACCGACGGUCCCGGAGCGGAAGGGCCGCACACCAACAUCCCAGGACUUCUCUCCUACCCUGAGGUGUGCGCCAGACUUACCGAGAGCGCUGUGGGUCGUUUGCGACGCGUGGGUGAUCCUUCGAAGAAGUACGGCAGCUACGCUUAUCAGCCCUAUGACGAAAGCACCGGUGCUGACGGCAUCUGGGUGGGUUACGAAGAUCCUGACACUGCUGGAAACAAGGCUGCUUACGUUAAGGCUAAGGGUCUGGGUGGUGUUGCCAUCUAUGAUCUCUCCUUGGAUGAUUUCCGUGGUGUCUGCACCGGAGACAAGUUCCCCAUUGUCAGGGGAGCCAAAUACAAACUGUAGAAUGUAACUGCGCCGGUGUGACUGAUCUUUAGGCGAGUUUAUUAUUCAGUUUCGAUUGAGAAGCUUGCUAGUUCCUUUUGUUCGACUUUUGGUACGACGGAAAAUAUGUUACCGUGUUUGUUGAUUGCAAGUGUGUUAUGCAACCGUGUAAAUUGUAUCGAUUAGCUUUUAUGUGUACUUGUAUCGAAUUUUUUAUAUUCCCGACAGGUCAAGUGCUUUAUCGAUCGACCGAGGGUGUAUCGCGAGCGUUGUAUCAAGAAUAAACGUUAUUUUUCAAAUUC